UAUAUAAAUACGACCGCAUCUGCUCCUCCAAUUCAUCCAUUUCUUCUUACAACUUUUGUUUUGUCGCUCAAGUUCUGUUUUCUCUGCCAUCUAAGUCUUCAUCCAUCUCACGAAGAAAUCAUGCCUCGCCGAAGCAGUGGCCGUUCUGGAGGUAGGGCAUGGUCAGCUCCUCAUCCAGCUGCUACCAAUCCUAGGCCAGCUCCAGUUCAAGCCCCAGCUCCACCCGCAGCUCCACUAAAGAGCACAACUGUGGGUGGAGGACUUGGUUCAGUCGUUGCUGAAGGUAUGGCUUUUGGUGGUGGAAGCGCAAUUGCCCAUCGGGCAGUAGACUCUAUAUUAGGGCCUCGGACCAUAAGACAUGAGUCAGCGGCUUCCUCUGCUCCUGCUGCUGCUGCUGAGGCCACGACAAUGAACACCGCUGGAGGCUCUGACGCAUGUGGUGUUCAAUCUAAGGCCUUCCAAGAUUGCCUAAACUAUCAGGCAAGCGAUAUCAGCAAGUGUCAAUUCUAUUUGGAUAUGCUCUCUGAAUGCCGCAAAGGCUCUGAUGCUGGCUUGAGCGUUUGAGAAAGCGAUAUUUUAAUGCUGUCUAUGUGUUACAAUCUGGAAAUUAUGGGUCUUCUGAUGCUCUCUUGGUCAAUUAUUAUUAUUAUUAUUUUUUUUUUUAAAUUUGAAAAUGUUGUUGAAGAGGGUCUGUAUUUAUGGAGAAAGCUAAAAUAUUUGUAUAUUCAAGACUUUGGUUCGAGUCAUUUAGUGGUGUGGUGUAGGGGUGAACGUAGUUCGGUUUGGGCAGUCUGUGCUAUAAUUUCAAUUCAAAUCAUUUUAUGCGGUUAAA